AUGAGGUCGUAGUCUCUCCAGUACAGCAGGUAGAGCAGCAAAUGGUUUGAUCCAGAUCUUGCUGUAGCGGUUAGAUUGUCAUGAUGGAGGGUGACAACAAACCAGUCUACGAGCAGAGGUUCAAUGCUGCUGUCAAAGUGAUCCAAAGUUUGCCUUCAAACGGUUCAUUUCAGCCUUCCAAUGACAUGAUGCUGAAAUUUUAUAGCUACUACAAGCAAGCCACACAAGGUCCCUGCAACAUCCCCCGACCAGGAUUCUGGGAUCCCGUUGGCAAAGCCAAAUGGGAUGCGUGGAAUUCUCUUGGGGAAAUGCCAAAAGAGGAGGCGAUGGCGGCCUACGUGGAUGACUUGAAACUGAUUCUGGAAAGUAUGCCUGUAACGAACGAGGUCGAGGAGCUUCUGCAGGUCAUUGGACCGUUCUAUGAGCUCGUGGAUGAGAAGAGGAAGAUAACGCAAGUGUCAGAUUUGAGCACAGGCUUCGGGAGCCUGCUAACGUCACCACCCAAAAGUGUCACAAAAAGCAUCAUCAGGACAAUGGAGAUGAACGGCAGCCUGGACAGUUACUCUGUCAAAGCAGCAGAAACGCCAAACACUAAAUCAAUCGAGCUGGAAGAUGGAGAAGAUGAUAAUGAGGAGGAAGAAGAGGAGAAAGACGAAGAAGAGGAGGUUAAAGAGGUGAAAAAAGCCUCACAAUCAAAGAAAGGGGCUACUACAGGGAGACUUAAAGGACCGGUAUCGAACGGUAAUGUCGGUCAACAUAAGGUCUUUACCAAUGGGACACACGGGUCUGUGUCUGAUCUGAACAGGCAAGAGUCGGAAGAAGACCCUGAAAGCAUUAACCAUGACGGAGACGUCAUAGAGCUCAACAGACACAUCAAAGAAGAUGUGUCCAGUUCUCACCAUGUGGCCAGUGAUUCGGACAGCGAGGUGUACUGUGACUCUAUCGACCAGUUCGGUGGAGAAGAAGGAUCGGAGAUACACGUCAACAACUCACUGGACGUGGCUGAGGAGAGGCACAGCAGGCUGUCCUCCACAGAGGAGGUCAGGUCACAGGAGGAGCUGCUGGAACGGGAGGAAGGUGUACAGCAUGGUGGAGAAGACGGACGGAGCAGCAGAGGAGGUUCUCAGAGACAGGGACUUCCUGUGAAUAGAAGUAACAGUUCUGUGGUCAGAAGGGGAAGAGGGUCCAGGUCACCUGCGCCUGGCUCCGGGUCAGCAGGACCGCAGCAGGGCAGUGGGGGAGACGGGGAGCGCUGGGGGACGGGUGGACCUGUGAUGGAGAAUCUGAACGAACAGAUCAUCUGUGCUCUGGCCAGACUGCAGGAGGACAUGCAGAGCGUGUUGGAGAGGCUGCACACGCUAGAAGCUCUGACAGCCGCGCAGGCCCGAUCCUUAGCGCUGCCAUCAGACUACCUGUCUCCACCUGUACAUAAAACUAAGAAGAAGCCAUCCUGGUGGCCUUUUGAUGUGUCUCCUGGAACUGUGGCGUUUGCCGUCAUCUGGCCAUUUGUGGUGCAGUGGCUCAUCCGGCUGUAUUUUCAGCGCAGGAGAAGGUGA